GGCCUCGGCGGCUUCUCGUUCCCGGGCGGGUCGCUGCCGCUCGGCCUCGGCUUCCUGUGCAGCCUGGCGGCGCAGCAGCCCGCCGGGGCGCCGUGCUUCCUGCCGGGGCACCUGCCGCUGCUGCAGGCGCGGCCGGACGGGCACUACCUGCAGAACCUGGAGGCCCAGCGGGACCAGUACUCCGAUGAAGAAUGUCUGUCGGACCGAAACGACUCGAAAAGCUCCGGAAACUCCCAGAAGAGGAAGAAGAGGAGACACCGCACCGUCUUCACCUCCCACCAGCUGGAGGAGCUGGAGAAGGCCUUCCACGAGGCCCACUAUCCGGACGUCUACGCCCGGGAGAUGCUGGCCAUGAAGACGGAGCUGCCGGAGGACCGGAUCCAGGUGUGGUUCCAGAACCGGAGGGCGAAGUGGCGGAAGCGUGAGAAGUGCUGGGGCCGCAGCAGCGUCAUGGCGGAGUACGGCCUGUACGGCGCCAUGGUCCGCCACUCCAUCCCGCUGCCGGAGUCCAUCCUCAACUCGGCCAAGAACGGCAUGAUGGGUUCCUGCGCCCCCUGGCUGCUCGGUAUGCACAAGAAGUCCCUGGAGAUGAAGAAAUGCUCCAGCCCGCCGCCCGAUCCGUUCUGCGACGCUCCGGAGCGGCGCGCCGAGGGGGCGGGGCUUCCGGAGGGGGAGGAGACAGAGGAGGAGGAGGAGGAAGAGGCCAUCGACCUAUCCAGCUCCGCCAAACAGUCGCAGCAGGAAGAGGGCGGGGCCUCUCCAAGGACCGCCCCCUCGCCUCAGCAGGAGAACGGCGGCGAAUCAGAGGAACACAGCUGAAGGUGGGCGGGGCCUGCUGGGAAUGGCUGAUUGGAACUGUAAUCUGAUUGGCUCUUCCUCAUGAGGAAGCAUCAUCUGUUGCCAUGCAAACCUGCUGCAUUAAGGCGGAGUUUAUUUACGUGGCGCAAGUGGAGCAGGGCAGCCCCACCCACCUGGGAACCAAUCAGAGAGGAGUGGGCGGGGCUAGAGGACAGGCUGACGGUUCUGCAGAACCUGGAGAACUUCACUGGACCGGGUCGGACUCCAGAACUCCAGGAUCCGUUUGGUUCUUUUCCCGUUUUCCAUCUGUGUUGGGAGGAAACUUCCUGUCUGUUCAUCGUGUUUGGAGAUCAGAAUGUAAAAUACAAACUAUAGUUACUGUUUAUGGUUGUUGUUAUUAUUACUAAAUGUCUGCACAGCCAUUGGUCACCAGGGUAAAAAAUAAAAUAAGAUAUUUUUGGAGCAUCUGAGACUUUGUGUCAUGAUGAAAAAUCAGGAAAUGGAUGAUGGAUGAGUCUCCAUGGCAACCAUCAGGUCCACUUCAGGAUGUCUGCAGCAGCAGCAGCCUGCUCAGAUUACCCAUCACGUUGCCAUGGAGACAGCCACAGAAAGGAGUCCAGCUGUGAGGUCGUCCUGAUGUCCAGCAGCGUUUCCUGGAUUAUUAUUAUUGUUUUCAUGUUUCUCUCUAAUAAUGACAGGAGAUUUUCCACAACAAAUAAAGGAUUAAAAAUUAAAACGUGACCAAAACAAAGGA